AUGGUCACUGGAGUUGUUUAUAGCAUCAUGCUUGAAAUCUAACCUUUCACCUGGAUAAUGUAAAAAAUCAUUUUAAUAAAAGAACCUUCAUUUCUGUAAAACAAGAGAGGUACAUCCUAUAUAUUCUUGUGUGUGUGUGUUUGUGUGUGUGUGUGUGUGUGUGUGUGUGUGUGUGUGUGUGUGUAUACCAUGUGUGUACCAUGUGUGUGUGUGUACCAUGGCAGGCAUGUGAAAGUCAGAAAACAACUUUGUAGAGUUCUGGGUAUCAGACUCAGGUUUUUUGCAGGGCAAGUGCCCCCACCUGCUGAGCCAUCUCACUGGCCUUCCAUCUUAUUUUUCUGAACAGCAUAUCUCAGUGAAGUUGGAACUUGCUUGUUGGAGACAGGUUUCCACACCCACCCUGCACUGGAAUUAUGGACAGCCUCCACCACACCCCCCAAAUCUUCUGUUGUUGAUGGGAAUUGAAUUCACGUUCUCCUGCUUGCACAGCAAACACUUCAUUUUGUGAGCCAUCUCCCUGGGCUCUCUUCACUUAUUUUCCUGAACAUAGAGCCUAGAUCCUUAAGAUGUCCAAAAUUGCUAUCACCUCUGGUGUUCUGAAGCCAAAGAAAGCUUAAUCUCUGCAGCUGGUAGGGUGCCUUAUUAGUCGCCAGUGGAUCAGAAUAGUUUUGGUGUCUCAUAUCACACCCCAAAGCUGACACAAUUGGAACAAUGAAAACCAGGAAACCAAAGGCUCUAAAAUCAGCUCCCAGGCAGGCAGUCUCUGAGGAAGGAAGCAGCCCCAACACUGCCCAUGUUGCCUGGGGCUUCACUUAGUCAUUUGUCCUCGGCUGGGAGCCAGAUCCUGGCUGCUGUGUACCAAGGUGUUAUGAAGAUUGCCCGUUUUUCUGGGCUUCUGUAUUUCCAAUCAACUCUCAAGGCUAGGAGAACCCUUGAAGACCCAGGUGGGGGAUCAGGUGUGACCACCCAAGUCUGCUUAUGUAUGGUCCCCUCUGCGGGCUUCCUGAAACAUCCAUCUCAUCCGGGAGAGCAUGAAAUACAGGCACUAGUGGGUGUUGAGUCCUCUCUCUGGUCAGGUCAUUGCUCCUUGUUGAUGCAGAGGUAUUUCAGUACUGCCUCCAUGUUUCUGGAAUUAAGCUUGUUUUGGUAAAGGUUUAGGUAUUAGAAAUUUACGGAACUUCUGAAAUCUGUUGUUGCAUAUGCAUGGACAUUCUUGGCGUCUGUCUUUGUGCCUUCUGGUCAGGCCUCAUAUUUCUUCCAUUUUGUGUGCCUCUCUGCAGAAGAGGCCCUUCCACUGCUGGCCUGAAGGAGCUGCAACAUCUGGUCUCAGGACUCCUCAAAAGAGGAAUGAGGGUUUGGUGUGGUAUACCCUGGAACCCUAGAAGCCACUGCUGCUUAGGCUCCUUAUACAUGGUGAAGGCUCUGGUGGGCUUUGGGCUCACCUGGUUGUCCCCUCUAGCCCUCUUCCACAGACAUGCAUACGUCUGACAAACAGGGCAAAGAACAAGCAAAAGUUGGCCCUUGCUGGUGCGGAGAUAGCUAGUGGUGCAGACGUAUCUCGCAGACCGUAUGAUGAAAGAUAGCCACUGUGAAAAAGGGGAAAAGGUGGAGACAGGGCAAGGGUCAUCCCAAGAGAGAGGCUUCCUGUCCUGCACUGAAGCAAGUGUCUGUUCCCACAAGCUGGUGAUAAGCAGCUCUCCUGACUUCCUUAUGGUGUCCACUUCAUUGGCUCAGGAUUUGGACUCCCCCUGACUCUGAAGCGGCUCUUCUAAUCCUUAGCAGCCUGCCAUUUGUCAAGGUUGCCAGCCAAUGUUCAUGUCAGUCAAAGUGUCUCAGGAGGACUUGACAAGACUGGCCCUGCUUUGGGGCUGUGCCAGCCUAGUGGCCUCUUGGCUUAUCUCCUCUGUGUGCAGAGACUCCUCUCUGCUUUUCUCUCUGUGUGCUCCUGCUCCCAUCCUGAACCCCUCCCAGCCUCCAAGUCUGUCUUUGACUGCUGCUGUCAGCCUCCUUCCCCUUUCACCCUCAGUGGAUGCAUUUUAGGUGUCUUCCAAAUCUACAUGCUUAGUCUCUGGGUCCCACUACUGACAGGAGAGCAUGCUGGGGCUGGGACAGGAAGGAGGCCAAGCUGCCAACUCUAUGCUGCUGCAUCAAAGUGGGGUUUUUCAUCUCCAGCUCUGGUCUUUGAGUCUGGUAAUGGCUGUUCUUUCUAUAGCAUGAUAAGGAAGCAGACCAGAAGGAAGCAAGGGUGUCAUUUUCAUCGGGAAAGCAAAAGCGUUUGGGGAACCAAAGGGGAGGAAAGGCAUCUGGGUCGCUUUGCUCUUUAUCCCCAGCCUCCUUAGGAGUGACAGCACCAAAGAAAAUCCAGAAGGGUUCAGGGAAGGGAUGGGAGCCCUCUAGAGACUUGGAAGGAGUCUUUCCCUCCUUUCAUCUGCUCUUCAAGUUUAGUUUCUAUGUGGGGUGUUCUGCUGUGAGCUAGAACUGAGGGAAGGUUCCCUGAGCUUUCAGCAGUGCCCUCUAGAAGAGCUGAGGGACUGGCCCUCAGUGCUUACAGAUAAGGGGCCACAGUGCUCCUCUCAAUUAAAGGGAACAAAGAAAAGUACCAUCUUGCAGAUGGGAGGGGCCAGACUCAUGAGGACUUCAUCUUCCCAGCCUGAGAACUAGUCAGGGAUGCUCUGGUGACAUGGUAUGAGGUGACUCUCCUGGGGUGGGAUCAAUUCAAAGCUGUACUUUAGAAAGGCCACUGUGGCACCACCUGUGGAGUUUCUAUGACAGGAGGGUUAGUGCUGGUGGGGACUUGAGAUAUGCCUGUGAGGUUGUGUGAUUCACUGGGAUCUUGCCUCAUUAAUAACAGCUCAGAGGGCCAUGACUUCUGCUUUGGCAGCUGAGAGGUGCUAUGAUUGGAGGCAAGGCCAUGCUGGUCACUAGUACUCUCCCUUCUCAGUCUUCUGGUGGCUUUCCGGGAGCUUUAAUAUCCUGGUUUUCCAGGUGUGUAACAUCUGCAGCCAGUGCUUCAUUUUUCAGUCUUCCUCUUUACAGCACUUGCCACUAACCACUUGGGUGCUAGAGAUCUAGUGCAUAGCCCAGAGUCCCUGUUUCCUUUUGUCAUUCAGGUCCCUUUCAUCUAUGUGCCCACUGUCCCUGCAGCCUCCUUACUCAGAUGUCCACUUUUCCAGGACUCUCUAACUUGCUUAAUGGUUGGCAGGCUAUCCACAUCUCUCUUUUGCCUCCACUGAAGCCUCCUGACUGAGCUCUACAGUCCGUCCAUGCUGUUGGUACCCUGCUCACAGUGGUCAAAGGUCACUGACCUAGUCUUGUGCCUGUAGUCCUCAGAGACAUACUGAUAUCUCUGGAAUAGAAAACUUCAAUUAGCUCUGAGAUGUAUUGGCCCUGGCUUCCAUCUACUAGCUGUCCCUCAGACUACCCUCUCCAUGUCCAUUGCAGCCCGCGGCCUCUUCUUAGCUUUUUCCAUGUGCUUGGAUCCUGCUCUUAGCUGCAGGAAGUAUUCACCUGGUUCCUGGAACCAGACUGCUUGGUAGAAUCCUCAUCUUACUGUGAUUCAUAAUCGGCCAGGCCUGAAUUUCUCAGUGUGCAAAGCAAGAUGUUAAUCUCUCAUUUCUAUGGUGAUUAAAUUACUGGACGGUGUGUUUAUGGCAAGGUCUGGUGAACAGGAUGUGCUAAGGCAUCAGAAGCAGGUUUUAAGGUGGUAUUUGUUGCAUGUCCCAUCUGUCAGCUCCUUUGAGUGCCGGUCUUCUGCCCCAUGCUCAGUUAAAAUUUCUCCCGAGGAUAGAGGCUUUAACCAGUGUAGGCUGGGUCAGCUAGCCUAGCUUCUCUCAACCAUCAUUGCCUUUGUCAGAAUUAGCAUUUGAGGGUUUUGGGCCAACUACAUGAUCCCUGUAGAGCAGAAAUAUCCUUGAAAAGGUGCAUAUUUCCAAGAAGAUAAUAUCUGUUUUACCAUCCUAUGAUGGGGCGGGGUGAGCACUAACUGAUAGAUGAUGGACCCUAGUGAUUGUGGGUGGUGACCUGACAGACAUGUUUGCUUCUGCCUUCCCACUGAGGAGUGAUUGUAGGCUCAGUGUUGCUCCUCCCAGCAGUGCAGGGCUGGCAACAGAAAAACUGUGGUUUCCAGUGACACAGCAGUGUCUUACUGUAUCAAUAAGUUAAGUUAGUUGUAUUUCUAUGCAUAGUGUGAACCUAUUAAAGUCACUUUAAAAGUUUCUGAAAUUUGUGUUUGUGUGUGCAGGGUGGCAGUGGGUGGUGGUGGUGGUGGAUGUCCAGAAAUCAGAGGACAACUUGAGGGAGUCACUUCUCUCUUUCCACCAUAUAUGUCCUCGGAAUUGAACUCAGGCUUGGGGAUAAACAACAUUAUCUGCAGAGCCGUUUCCCUGAUCCUCAGUGUUUUUUGUUUAUAGUUUAGUUUAGUAGCAUUGGAAAUCUUUUUAAAAAAAAAAAAGACAAAACAAAACAAAAAAAAAAGUGUCGUUUCUGUUGCAUUCAGAUCAGUUAGGAUACCCAAAUCUAAGUGUGUUACUGAACAGUGCAAGCCUGCAGCACAUGCUCUACUGUGUCAAGUGUACUUCACAUCUGCCAUUCCUGGGGAUGCAUUGGUUACUUUUCCUGUUGCUUCAACAAGGUCCCCUAGCAAAAGCACCUUGGUUUUGGUUCACAGUUUGAGGGUACAGCUCAACAUGGUGGGGAAGUCAUAGAGACAGGAGUUUGAGUUAACUGGUCACAUUUUGUCUGUGGUUAAGAAGUAGAGAACUGGUUGAUGACAUCGCUUCUCUGGUAAAAUGGUUUGCUGUGGAAGGAUGACAACCUGAGCCAGGCAUGAUGGCACAUGCCUUUAAUCCCAGCACUCAGGAGGCAGAGGCAGGUGUAUCUCUGAGAGUUCAAGGCCAGCCUAGUCUACACGGAGAGUUCCAGGACAGCUAGGGCUACAUAGAGUGAGCCUGUUUCAAAAAUGAAUGAAUGAAUGAGUGACAACCUGAGUUCAAUUCUUGGAACCUAGAGAGGAAGGAGUGCUGACUCUUAAAAGUUGUCCUCUGGCCUCCACUGUUCACUCGAUUUGCCUUUUUGUCUUUACUGUUAAAGAUUUUAAAAGCUACAUUUAAAAGUUUACCUCUAACUUUUAAAAGCUAGUCAGCCUACACAGCUGUUAAAGGUAGCAUCUGAAGGUCAUGUGGAAACAGGUUGGAAUGCUAACUUCAGACUCAUGUUGAGUGCUGGAGCAUGCAUGAUAGACCUGCUGACUGCCCAUAGUGUGGAGCCAGUUAGUGGGUCAAUUUUUUCCCCAAGUCAAAUCCCCAAACUCAUAGUUCUUGAGAGAGCUCUAUAGCAGUGGCUACAAGGAUGACCCAGAAGGAUGCCAGUCUGCCCCUGCUUCUCUGCUAAGAUACUACUGUUCCAAUAGCAACUCCUCGUUUUGUGGCUUUGUAAGUUUAAAGAGUGAAAGGUAAAAGGAAAGGGCAGGUCUUGAGUCCCAAGUUAGAGCUGUAGUCAUCUAAGUUCCUAAACAAGUGCUCUGCCUCAGCAGGAUGCUGCCUGUGGUGCUUUGAAUAGGUUUGGCUCCCAUAGAUUCAUGUGCUUGAAUUGUUGGCCGUAGGGAGCAAUACUAUUAAGAGUUGUGGCUUUAUUGGAGGAGGUGUGGCCUUGGAAAAAAUGUGUCACUGGUGGGCUUUGGGGCUCCUCUGUUCAGAUUGCCCUGAGUGUGGAAUCAGAUCCUCUUUCUGCCUGCCUGCCUGAGGAAGAUAGUCUCCUUCUUCUGUUAGGAUCAAGAUGCAGCACUCUCAGCUCCUUCUCCGGUACAAUGUCUGCCUGCAUACUGCCAUGCUUCCUGCCAUGAUGUCAACGGACUGAACCUGUGAAACUAUAAGCCAGUCCCAGUUAAAUGUUUUUCUUUGUAAGAGUUGCAUUGGUCAUGUUGUCCCUUCACAGCAAUGAAACCCUAACUAAGGCACUGCCUGUCCUCUUCUCUCUUGGAGGCUCCAACCCCUCUAGUGAGAUCUUCUUUUCUAGUAUUUUCUGUAGGGUUUGUAUUGCCAGCUGCUUGCAUGCCAUCCCUAAGCUAGGCAUAUCCAAGCUACAAGCCCUAGUUAAGUAUGAGCCUCAGAAUCAGCAUAGCAAACCGUGUGAAAGAGCUAGAUGCGGGGCAGAAGCUGCUGCAGGUAUGGAGCCCAAUGCUGGAUCGUGAUUUCACAACUAAUCAGGGGCUACUAGGGGUCACUUUGGGACUAGGCAUGGUGGCCUUAGGCUCAGAGCAAGUCUCUUCAAGCAGCAUCAGUCGGGCCAGCAUCAGUAACACCAAGUCAGGCUGGGCCACCUUGGUCAUAUAAUCCACGCCCUGUUCUGUGGUGCUGAUAUGGGUAGGCACUCCUUAGAGAUUCUAGUCAGGGAACUGGGAGUCUUCUCUGGGUCCUAUCUAGUGAGGGCUUGCAACUGUACAUACAGUUUAUGGUCAACCCCAGACAGGACAUAUAGGAUCUGUCUAUGUGAAGGGAGAGAGCCUGGCCUUGCCCUCUUUGAGGCACCCCUCCCACCUGUACACUGGACCUCCUUCGCUGUCUUGCCCUGUCUACAUACUGACUCCAUUUCUACUCUAUGGCCUUGUAGUUGCCUAUUGGUAGUCCUUGACCAGAGCUUUCUUUUAUAACCCCAUGAGCUUCAAGGGAGUGCUCAGAAGAUGCUCAGGACCCAGUCUUUGAAAUCAACCAAAACCUGUUGAAAUCUUUUCCUUGGAGCAUAUGAAGAACUUUUGUAUUAAAAGCCUUAAUAUAGUGCUGACUUCCGUAGUAUCCCCAUGGCACAACUAAAACACUUUCCCAUGUUUUUGAAAUGGUAUGAUACUUAUUUCCCGUGUUAGAAUUUUGAGAAUACCUUUUUCCGGGCAUCAGCCAUCCUUUCGCCCUUGGAUGCCCUUGGUUCAUAUUUCCAUCUUCUCUUCUGGCAGAGCAUGUGAUUUUCCAGGUAGCCUUCUGUAUCAUCAGAAGCACAGGCAUUCAGACUGAGUACUGGGUAUGCCAGCAAACCUUUAUUUUUGCUGACUGCUCACUGGGAAUAGAUGUAAGUACAGUGGUAAGCAUGUUUUUGUCAGAUAUGAGUUUAUGCUAUAGUGAGCUACUUUUUAAAAAUUGGCAAUCAGAAUUUUAAGUAUUAUCUUCCUUACUUUGAUUAGUAUCGACUUGUUAUUAAUACAGAAUUUAAGUUUUUUUUAAUUACUGGAAAUAUUUAUGCAUGGUUUAAGCUUCCUCUUCUCACUCUGUGUAGCCAGCUCCUUUUAUAGGCUUAGUCGUAUCCAAUGGAAAAGCUAUUUUCUCAGCAUAUUUAAGGGUUGUUAUCAGAAGAGAUAAUGUACCUAAGGUGGCAGAACCUGCUGUCUACCACAAGUUUGUAUUUUCAUUUGUGUAACUGCAUGCCCCAUAAAAAUGCAGGUAAGAAAUCAAGAACAAGAGCUUCUUGGGGGAACUUGCAGGUGCCAGAUAUAGGCAGGAGAUGCUCAAGGUGAGGAAGCACUCAGAUACAGCAGCUCCACAGCCUGGGAACAGCUGGAGAAGAUGCCAGCGACCACUGCUGGGACAAUUUCAGCAACAAAAGUAGUCCUGCGUGAUAGUCCAAAGUAUACCUUAGCCAUCCAGGAGUCUGCAUAAACGGAAGUCACAGACUGGUAAAUAAACAAAGCGACAAAGCUGCCCUGCAGUGAAAUCCACAGACACUGCCUUACGUAACUGUGUCCUGAAGGGGAAGAGGAACACAGAGGACCAUGACUUCACAUGGGCAUGGUGGGGCAGGGUUGCUUCCUCCCAAGGACACAGGGUUGAAGCUGACAGUGAAGUUCGGCCCAGAGAGAACCUUGGGAAAUAGACAUCUACUUUGUGGUCCAGGACGAUGCCACAGUGAUGGGCUGGUUGCGCUGACAGUGUGGUGUUGGAUGAUGUCAUGAAGAUGGCUCUUGGUCAGUGUGAGCUUCCUCCUGGUAACCCAGGCCCCUUCCACCCCUGAGAAAACAUAAGGCACACUCCAGCUGUAAACAAAACAAAACAAAACAAAACAAAACAAAACAAAACAAAACAAAACAAAAAAUUCCUGAUUCCUUAGUCUGAGAAACUCAUAGUCAGGAGGAGCCUGAAGAGACAGAGGACACAUGUCAGGUCUUUGAAUGGGAGAGGCAUCUGAGGGAAUGUCUGAGGAAAUCUGACUAAAGUAUGGAUUUCAGCUAAUAUUAACGAAUAUUGAUUUGCUAGCUGUAAGAAGUAUAGUAAUAUUAAAUAAAUGAUAGGAACCUUGGUAUGAGCUAUGUGGAUAGUUCAUGUUUUGCUGAAUUUAAAAAGGUUCUAAAUAUGUAAUAUUUCAGACCAAAAAAACCCAUUUAAGAAAACCACUAAAAAAACAAAAAAACAAAAACACCCUACUAAUAAUUCCUUAGCUACUCCUUUGUGUUUAUACUUUCUGCCUCAAAUGAAGAUUAUCUUGUCCUGACUUCUGUAUUGUUGAUUUUUCUUUGAUAUUGUUUGCUCUAAACAGUAUAUUUUUAGAUUUUAGAUUUUGAAUGCAGAAUGGCACACUCUCAAAUAGCACAUGAACAUACCUAAUGAACUAGAAAAUACAACUUACCACAAAAAACCCAGAGGCUUUGCUUGCAGGGUCUUCCUGGGAGUACAAUUUUUAUAAAUUUUCCAAAAGUGAGAACAGUUCUGUCAGAUAGGAUCAUUAUUGUCAUCUUACAUGUGAGCUUCCAGUAGUUUUUGUAUUUUUUGGCGGCUGCUGGCUUUGGAUGGCUUUGGACAAACCCUCCACAAUCAUGGAUGGUAUUGAGCAAUGUUGGUGUUUUCAUUGGCCUUGGGUACCUUUGGAUGUUUGGGUUAUGAUGACUUACUCAUGUUUGGUAUCAGGAGUAGCUUUGGAAAGUCUUGUAUCUAUAUAUGGCCUUGGGCAGCCUUGGCUAUCCUUGGAUGGCCUUGGGUAUCUUGGAUGGUAUUGGGCAGUCGUGCGUGGGUAUCCUUAGAUGACAUUGGAUAGUCAUAGGUAUCCUUACGUGGCCUUGGAUGACCUUAGAAAGCUUUGACUAUCUAAGGAUGUCUUUGAGAGGUAGUUGUAGUUUGAUUAUGAAGUGUCCUCUGCAGAUUUACAUUUUGAACUCUUGGCCUACUGCUGGUGAUGUUAUUUUGGGAAAUUCUGGAGGCUUUGAGAAGAAGGACCUAAAUGGUAGAAGUUGGUUACUAAUGAUGGGUCUUUGGAAGUUAUCUUUAGCCCUUGCCCCAGUUCCUCGUGAUAGGAACAGCCUCUGUGUCUUUUUCACCACAAAGAACUGAACAGUUUUGCCAUGUCUUCCUGAAAUCUGAAACUGUGAACCAAAUCAAAUCUUUAUUCCCUUGUUUUGGUCACAGUAACACAAAAGUAAAAAAUAUAGAAAAUUGGCACCAUAGAGGGGGUAUCAUUUCUGUGACUAAAUGUGACCAUGUGGGACUUAGAUUUUUGAAAUUGGUUUAUAGGAAUCUUAUACAGGAAUAGGUACAGUGGUGGAGACAGUUGCCCAAGUACAGUUAACUGACUUCUCACCCUAGCAUAGACUUCUGUUCCAGGAAAGACUUCUAUUUCCAGGAAAUCAUUAGUAGAAGUACCAUAAAUCCAAGUAGAGAUAGACCCUUUGUAGUUUAGAGAUCAGCAAUGAGGAAUGCCCAGGAAAACCAAGAAAAUCCACAUAGAGAAGAUCCUCAGGUAUUUUAGAGCUGCCGACAUACUACAAUAGUAUAGUGACCUCUAGCAAAGGUGAUGGGUCUGCUGUGACAGAAAGGUACAUAAUGUACUAGUUUCAUUUUCUGUUACUGUGAUAAUAUACAGGCAAAACUAGUGCAGGAGCAUUCACAGUCCUAGGUUACAGUACAUCAUAAGAGGGAAGCCAAGAUGGCAGAACCUGGAGCAGAUGUCACAUCAAAGCCAGGAGCAGAGAGAGAAUGAAUGCACGCAUGUCUGCUUACUACCUAGCUCACUUCCUCCUCUCUUAUGCCAUCUAGAACCCAAACCCAGGGAAUGAAUGGUUUUGCCCACUUCUAGGCUGUGUCUUCCCUCAUCAACUAACAUAAUCAAAAAUAAUGAAGACAGUUCCCUGCAGACAUGCCCACAGACCAGCAUGAUCUAACCCUCAUUGAGACUCUUGUCCUAGGUGAUCCUAGAUUGUGUUGACAUUUAAAAUAGAUACUGUACAAGUUAUUGCAGGGGCACUGUGAAGGACUCUAAUCAGGGACAUUUCAGGAGUGACCAGAAGAGCUUUGGGGAAUGGGAGCUUCAUCUAGCAUCUCACGGGUAGACAUCAGGGAUAUAGACACUACCUAUUGCCCUGUUGAGCUUAACUCUAGCCUAUCUGGGGGCCUCACACAAGGUACUGUCUCCAUGUGCUCCAGCAGGUUUUCUGGAUGACUGCCAUCUUCCAGAGGGUCUAAGCUUUAGUGACAUGAGUAGAAAGUCUAAUUUUCCCAAAUGAAGUUCUCAGAUUCUGAGUACAGCCACUAGAAAUGAGUUGGGUAACAUUUGCUAGUGUGGAGAUGAGUAAUACUUGCAGUAUUUUUGGCUUUUCUUCAUAAGUGGCCUUCCUGUUAGCCUUCGAUGUAUCAUUGAUCCUUUGCAUUUUAAUGUUUGGCUAUUUGGCUUAUGUCUUAGAGGAACUUGAGUUUCAUCUUGGCCUUUCAAGAAUGAGAGAGAUGAAAGACCUGGUUUCUCUGUUUCUCUCGUCUACUCCUGAUUGGCUUCAUCUCCUCUGCUCAGUCGAGGAGGUUCUCACAUCACAAUUAAUUAAUUGCAUUUAAAUGAGGCAACCCAUAAGAGCCAGUCCCAGGGAAAUACUGGGUUAUUUUGAUCACUGCAAAGAUAAAAGCAUUCUAAAAUUGUAUCUCUAUGCUCUCCAUUAAAUUUCUUUCAUCCAAGUAUAAACUACACCCCCCUCACUCAUUGGGGAUGUGUUCUGAGAUGCCUGAAGCCAUAGAGACUACCAAAGCUCGUUGGUACUAUGCUUCUCCUAACCAUAUAUACCUGUGAUAAGAUUUCAAUAAAUUAGGCCCAGUACAAAAGUAACAACAAUAAAUAAAUAAAUAAAUGGUUAUAUUGCAAUCAAAGCCACCAUGCUGUCUUAGAACAUCUUACAGUGUAGCACCUUGUCCUGUAGUGGUAGUGUGAGGUGAUGCAGACCUGCUUGGUGAGAUGGAGUGAGGCGAGGGAUGUGGGCAGCAAUAUAACAUUGGGCUAGUCAGUAAGAGUCACUUCAGCUGUGGCCCAGUGACAGGCUGCCUGAUAACCAAGAUGGCUACUGAGUGAUGAACAGGCAGUUGGUCAGUACAGUGUAUAUAUUUCAGACAUGGGGAUGAUUCAUCUCCUAGGUGGGGAAAAGCCAGACAAUGAGUGAUUUCUUUGUGUUACUCAGAAAUGCUCAAAAUUAACUGGGCUUUUAAAAAUAAGGUGGUACUGUUGAGGUAACUGUAACCAUGCAAAGUGCAGAUAAGGAAGAGAGAGAUUUUAAGUUAGUAUGUUUCUCUGCAAUGUAGCUGUCAUCAAGAGCUGGCUUCCUGUAUGAAAAUGGAUUGGGGGUUGUGGGCAGACAGAGGACUGGAAAUGUGAUUCACCUAUCUGCAGAAGUGCCAGGAAACCUUUAUGAGUCUGAACUUACUGUGUGAGUCUCUUUACAGGAUGCCCAUGCCUAGGCAUUUCAGCUGGAAUCAGCUCUUUGCUCUCUCUUGUCUGUUUUGCUAGUGAUACUGUCGUCUUAUUUUGUGAUGUGACUGUAGAAGCCAGCAGCAAUCUGAUGGAGACAUUCUUGUGUCAUUUCACAGGUCAGGACUGUUUGCUUCUCACUUAUUGGUGUUAUCGAUAGAAUUUAAACCUUUCAAAGCUGUUUUCUUUUCCGUAACGGUAUUAAUUCCUUUCUUUCUCUUUAUUGCAAUUGUAUCCUGGAACAGGCUUAUUAAAUUCCAUGGGGGGUGGGGGUUAUAGGUUCCUUUCUCUGCUUGUCUGUGUUGCCUGCUGGGUUUAAAGCCUUUUUAUGAUCCCUAACAAAGCUCCCUGUGUUCCUUGUGAGUAGAGGUUGUAUUCAACACUGCAACCUAGACUACUGUGUGAGUGUGAGUGUAGUCUGCCGCUGCCUCCAGUUCUAAGUGUGUCUGUCUAUCAUGUUUCUCAUGUCCAUCGGGGGUUACUGUCCUAGAGGAGGUGGGAGGAAGUACACAGACCUAAGGCUGCCAUACUUGCACAGGUGGCUCGCUACUCACAAACCCAAAAGGCAUUGGGAGUUGUAGGCCCAUGUCUGCUUGCUGCCCUCUCUAACUGUUCUAAUGACGAGUGACUUAGAGACUAAUCAACAAAUCAUUAAAAGCAGUUUCUCAGCCACUCUGAGCAAGUUUGGCCUACUUCGCAUGCACAAAGUUUUGUGCCAUUGUGAAAGACAUCAGUCCUUCCAGGGCAUACAUAGCUGCAAGGGAUUGGGUGUUAAUGAAGAUGAUAGAGCCGAUGGUAAGAUAGGCUUGUGAGCAUCAGAGUGCUGACAUAAUGAUGAGGGAAAAAAUGUGUUUUCUUUCUUUAUCUUAAAUUCUAAUAAAGAGAUCCAGAACCCAUAAACAUCAGUAAUUUAACAUGUAUCAGAUGGAAGUGGGUUAUUUGUUGUUGUUUUGUUUUGUUUUUGUGACAGAGUUUCUCUGUGGAUGUAUCCAUGGUUGUCCUGGAACUUGUGCUGUAGCCCCAGCUGAUCUGGAACUCAGAAAUCCACCUGCCUCUGUGAGGUACCACUGCCCGGCCCAGAUGGAAGUUUUGUUUUUCUCUGGGAAGCACUAGAGAUGCUUGAAUAUGCUUGAGAAGCUGAAAGAUAAAGAAGGACUAUGAGAUGGAAGGCAAGAUGAGCUGUGGGCUGGUAAUUCCUUUCUUCUUUUAGAGUGAAGUGUGUCAGGCUGGACAUGGAGAGCCCAAGGUGUGGCUAAAGGAAGCUCGUCAGCCCAGUGCAUCACGCUUGCUAUUUUAGUGCUGCGGAGCAAUGAGCUCACUUUGCUUGCCCUGAAGGAGUUUUGCCUCAGGAUUUGAGACAAAAACUAAACAAAUUCAAGACAAAAGAGGUCUCCGCCAGUCAAGAAGCCCUCAAAAGUGUUUUACCAUGGAUAUAGAAGAUGAAGAGAAUAUGAGUUCCAGCAGCACUGAUAUUAAAGAAAACCGCAAUCUGGACAACAUGCCCCCCAAGGACAGCAGCACACCUGGGCCUGGCGAGGGUAUUCCGCUCUCCAACGGGGGUGGUGGUAGCACCAGCAGGAAGCGGCCCCUGGAGGAGGGCAGCAAUGGUCACUCCAAGUACCGCCUGAAGAAGCGAAGGAAAACACCAGGGCCUGUUCUGCCCAAGAACGCCCUGAUGCAGCUGAACGAGAUCAAACCUGGCUUACAGUACAUGCUGCUGUCCCAGACAGGACCCGUGCAUGCACCUCUGUUUGUCAUGUCUGUGGAGGUAAACGGGCAGGUUUUUGAGGGCUCUGGCCCUACAAAGAAAAAGGCAAAACUCCAUGCUGCUGAGAAGGCCCUGAGGUCUUUUGUCCAGUUUCCCAACGCCUCCGAGGCCCACCUAGCCAUGGGAAGGACCCUCUCUGUGAACACAGACUUCACGUCUGACCAGGCUGACUUCCCUGACACACUCUUCAAUGGCUUCGAGACUCCAGACAAGUCAGAGCCACCCUUCUACGUAGGCUCCAACGGGGAUGACUCGUUCAGCUCAAGUGGAGAUGUCAGCCUAUCGGCCUCCCCAGUGCCUGCCAGCCUUACCCAGCCUCCUCUGCCCAUCCCACCACCAUUCCCACCCCCAAGUGGGAAGAAUCCCGUGAUGAUCUUGAAUGAGCUACGCCCAGGGCUGAAGUAUGACUUCCUCUCUGAGAGUGGGGAGAGCCACGCCAAGAGCUUCGUCAUGUCCGUGGUGGUAGAUGGCCAGUUCUUUGAGGGCUCAGGAAGAAACAAGAAGCUUGCCAAGGCCCGGGCUGCACAGUCUGCCUUGGCUACUGUCUUCAAUUUGCACUUGGACCAAACACCAUCUCGCCAGCCUGUCCUCAGUGAGGGUCUUCAGUUGCAUUUGCCACAGGUAUUGGCAGAUGCUGUCUCCCGCCUGGUCCUGGGUAAGUUCAGUGACCUGACAGACAACUUUUCCUCCCCUCAUGCACGAAGGAAAGUGCUCUCUGGAGUAGUGAUGACCACAGGUACAGAUGUCAAAGAUGCCAAGGUGAUAAGUGUUUCGACAGGGACGAAGUGUAUCAACGGUGAAUACAUGAGUGACCGUGGCCUCGCACUCAAUGACUGCCACGCAGAGAUAAUCUCCCGAAGGUCCCUGCUCAGGUUUCUUUAUGCACAGCUCGAGCUUUAUUUAAAUAACAAAGAAGACCAGAAAAAGUCCAUAUUUCAGAAGUCAGAGCGGGGUGGGUUCCGGCUGAAGGAUACCGUGCAGUUCCACCUGUACAUCAGCACCUCGCCCUGCGGAGACGCCAGAAUAUUCUCUCCCCACGAGCCCGUGCUAGAGGGUAUGACGCCAGACUCUCACCAGCUGACAGAACCAGCAGAUAGACAUCCGAAUCGCAAAGCAAGGGGACAGCUACGGACGAAAAUAGAGUCUGGCGAGGGGACAAUCCCUGUGCGCUCAAAUGCCAGCAUCCAGACCUGGGACGGGGUGCUGCAGGGGGAACGGCUGCUCACCAUGUCCUGCAGUGACAAGAUAGCACGCUGGAACGUGGUGGGCAUCCAGGGGUCCCUGCUCAGCAUUUUCGUGGAACCCAUCUACUUCUCCAGCAUCAUCUUGGGCAGCCUGUACCACGGGGACCACCUCUCCAGGGCCAUGUACCAGCGGAUCUCCAACAUAGAGGACCUGCCACCGCUCUACACUCUCAACAAGCCCCUGCUCAGCGGCAUCAGCAAUGCAGAGGCACGGCAGCCAGGGAAGGCACCCAACUUCAGUGUCAACUGGACAGUGGGUGACGCCACCAUUGAGGUCAUCAAUGCCACAACAGGGAAGGAUGAGCUUGGCCGCCCAUCCCGCCUGUGUAAGCACGCGCUGUACUGUCGCUGGAUGCGUGUACACGGCAAGGUUCCCCCCCACCUGCUGCGCACCAAGAUCACUAAGCCUACCACAUACCACGAGUCCAAGCUGGCAGCGAGGGAGUACCAGGCUGCCAAGGCCCGUCUGUUCACUGCCUUCAUCAAGGCGGGGCUGGGCGCCUGGGUGGAGAAGCCCACAGAGCAGGACCAGUUCUCCUUCACUCCCUGAGCCAGGCGGGUGUCGAGCACAGAGUGCGAGACUGUGAUGCCGAACUGUCCCCCAGAGCCUUGCAUCUGAACUGGGACAGGUGUGCACCUCUGGGACGGCAUGGGGAGUCUGGGGGAACCACUGGACAUCAAGCAUCAUCCUCAGCGGCUCUCACCCCAAAAGGGCAGCGUGGGGAUGUGUAGGGUGCCGGGCACCUCACUUCUGAGUAGGGAUCGGGUACACAGUGGGGGUGCAUGGGGGCACAGGGGCCCAUCACCACCCCUCGCCACACAUUUCCCCUCUUGAGCUACCCAGUGACCGCUUUAUAUCUCAGUUUACAUUAGACAUUGAGUUCUACUGAGUAGGGCUUCCUCAAGUAUAGGAAAAUAGAAAUUACUUUGUGUGAGAUUCUUGAAUAAAUAAUUUAUUCAGAGCUAGGAAUGAGAUUUAUAAAAUAAGAAGUAAUUAUGUCAGGUCACUUUUAUGCCACAUUAUUUUAAUUGCAAAAAUUAAAAAUAAAAGUGUUUCUAUGUGAAAGAGCACGAGAAUAUAGAGGUAGGAAGUAGAAGAGAGCCACCACGCGCACAUCUGUGUGUGGCUCCUCUCCGUAGGUCCUUCACACUUAGGUUCUCACAGUAGGUUUUAACAGCUCUCCUGGGGUGGCCCCAGCAUGAUACGGUGUGACCUUGGCACACAACUGGCCCUGCAUCUGGGAUGCUGUGUCCUAGAGUCACGACCUAGGCUCUGCUGCCCCAGCUGCCUCUAGAAUCUUCCAUGCUCCUGGUUAGGCUCAAAUCAUGGAAAACCCUAUUUGCUUCUAAGUCACUGAAGGUCAAAUCCAUUUAUAGCCUGUCCCAGCUGGCCAUCAUGUGGGGGUUCUAACCAUAUAGGUUUUGUGACCUAGAGGCACUCAGUAGGGCUGCUACACACUCAGAGCACAGCCUUCCUUCUGCCCCUCCCUUGGGAUCUGGUGGGUGGGAACCACUGACCGCUCAGAAGAGCUUCAGAGGAUGGGAAGAGUUGUAGGCAGGUACCAUUCUUGGAGCGUGCCAUGUAAGGCAUAUUACUAAGGUAUCCUUCCAGAGAAAUUAACCAUUCAGGUUGAAGCUGGUGUGACAGUAUGAGCCUGGAACGCUGCAGACCAGACAUUGGUGUCUCGACAGGCAGGCCUGGGUGCUCCUGGCAUCUUGGGGCUGACCCCCAAGAUGCUACUCAGCACCCUCUCUGCACAGGGUGGACCCCUGGACCUCCUGUGCUCAGACUUGCCCCAGGUGCCUUGUCACUUCCACUCAGGAUUAGGGAGGAGUAGAGGGAGGAGGGGGAGGAGGGGCUGUGACUGUCAUCCCAGUGUGCCAGCCUGGUCCAGCAGGGUCGCUCUGAAGAGAGAGCUUCAGGGCCGAGAGCAGAGCGGGCGCAGACUCAUCCCUCAGCACACGUCUGCCACGGCUGCAUCCGGGGCUCUGACAGCCAUGUGGCUCUGAGCUGUUCGCCCAGGUGUCCACGCCCUUGACACACUGAGAAAGAAACAGGGCAAGAGCAUAGCCACUGUAGGUUCCACCAGAUUCCCAGCAGACCUCAAGAGGCCGUGUGUCAUUGCUUAAGUGAGAUCCACUUGUGUCUCCAUGUCCAGAGCUCUGUCAUGUCCUUGUGGGUGUCUCCCAUGGUUCUUGUCCUGUGGGGCUUGAUCUUCGAGGCAUGAAGGUCCUACCAGAACUCCCUAGUGACACGUGCUAUCUCGGAUCUCCUCAGUUCACCACCUGUCCCCCUGAAAGGGAGGCCUCCCAGGCAGGAUUGUGGGCCCUGCGUGCUGUGGCAGGGCCAACUUUGGGUGAAACGCACUGGGGUUCCUUAGAGAAACGGUCUCAUUUUAUCACAGUACCAUGCCUUCCCCACAGGCUCCUGCACUUUCUAGAAAGAAAAACACACACGAUGGUGUGUUCUUUCUCUUGCUUUUAAAUUGUAUUUUUUCCAGUGGAGAUGGGAAGAUAGAUUUAGUUUGUUUGCUGUUUUUAAGUACGUUUUGGUUAUAAAGUGUAGCAAAAAUCCCAUAUACACUAAAAACCAUGCACUACAUCUGGCUUUCCAUGUCAGAUAACAAGGGUGCCCAACCAGGAAGUGAAGGUUACAUGCAGAGAGCAUCUGAAACCACAGGAGCUGGUCCUGCUUAGACUUGACCUAGGCCCAGAAAGGAGGGAGAGUCAGGAAGUACCCUGUGUCGAGGAGGCAGCACGGGGCAUGCGCCACCUUGCCCUGCACCCAGGAUAUAGUAGCUCAAACAGCCCGUCUGUGACCUGAGAAAAAGGAAGCAAAUACUGAUUGAAGACACUAAGCUCUUUGAGCCUCUUCCCAGAGGUCCCCAUGACGGUAGCUCAUGCCCAGGACCUAAAUGUCACAGACUCAGCAGAAAGCUUGACAUAAGACCCUGAUGGAAAUGUCCUGGAUACUUCAGCAGGUACGGGAGCUUCAGCCGGGCGUGGUGGCGCACGCCUUUAAUCCCAGCACUUGGGAGGCAGAGGCAGGCAGAUUUCUGAGUUCGAGGCCAGCCAGGGCUACACAGAGAAACCCUGUCUCGAAAAGAACAGGAGCUUCUCUGCCCUGUAUACUUAGCUAGAACAGAAGUAUUAGUUCCACAAAGCAGUAUCUCUCAGGAUUAUUUGGGCCCAGCAUCAGCGGGGCUGUAGCUAAACAAAAGGAAGGCAUCAUCGCCAGGAGUCGUGGGAGGGCUGUCAUGUUUCUACAGAGCAGAGACUCUCCACGUAGAUGGAGGCAGGGUGAGUGUGGUGUCCAUGCCGUUAGCCCUGAUCCCUAACGGUAUCAGGUAAGUAGCACCUCCCCUAGCAAGGGACACCAAAGAACAACUUUGAAUCUGAAUCUGAGUCUUUCAGCAUUCUGACUAUUUUGAAGUUUGGUUUUGUUUUUUGUUUUUUUAAUAAUUAAACAUAUAUUUGUAAGUGUGCAGGCCAUCGUUUCAUAAGGCAUUGCUCUCUGUUUAUUUUACCCCCCACCCCACCCCACCCCCAGCUCCUCUUGCCUCCAGACUGUACAUGCUGCUUGGUUUUUUAAUCUUUACUUUCAGACAGGUGCACCAAAGGUGGGCAGCCACCAGAGAGAGGAUCAGGAAUGUGGGGUGAGCUGCACCGCACCCUGGGCCAAGAUAGAUGCACAGUGCAGGGGCAGCUUGUCAUUCCCAAAACACUUUACUCCAGAAAUGUCAGCUCUCCCCGUCAGUGACUUUGCUCCAGAAAGAGAAAGAAAGUGAGCUGAAAUCCAAACCUGUAAGUUCUCGAAAUUAGGGAACCUCCCCCCUUGAUCCCUUGAUACUGUCAGCCCCAGACUACAUCGUGAGAAGGGCAGAGUGUGUGCGUUCAGUGUGUACAGCUUGUGUGUGUCCUGUCCUGGCAUAUCUGUCAUGUGACAGUCUCCCCAGGGCUGAGGGGUACUCACCCACUCUGCAGCUGCGGACUGCUCCACACCGGGGCUACGGGGUUCAUGAGAUAUUAGGGAAUGGGAAUUGGGAAGCCUCUGACCCGCCAGGGACCAUGAGGGAGUUAGUCCCGCCGUCUGACCAGUCAUGGCCGGCUCCUCAGUGCACUUCCCGUCUAGUUCCUGGGGAAAUGGUCACGUCUCUGUGGUAGUGCCUGUACUUUCUGUUUGCCGUUUGAACGACAAGUGCCCAGCCUCAGAAGCACUUAACUGUAGCCACAGCAGGAGCUGAUGGUGCAUAAGGGACUGGUGGGCCAUUCUUCUGAAUGGAACACAGUAGGUUAAAAGCACAGUUUGUGGAAUGUUAAUGGGAUAAGCCCCUAAAAGCUGUUAGCUUUUCCAGGCUUUGAGUUAUAUACUUUUAAUUUGAUUUUAGAGUUUGGACACUUUACAUGAAUGUAACUCAGCCAAGAAACGUGUUGCUAAGAUACAAUCCUCAGUGUUCUCUGUAUGUAUAUUUCUGUAUAUACCACAUGUUACAGCCUGCAUGAGCUUCCUCACACCAAGCCCAGCCGGCACUGAGCAUGAGAUGCUGUUACAUGUAGACAAAGGACUGAGAUGUUCUCAAUAAAGACUAAGACGUUUCACUAUGA